AUGGCAGCGAAAAAUAAACCGAUUCGUAAUCGUAAAAUGUAUGUUUUGAUUUGGUAUGUAAAUUCUCCUCAUAAAGAUGUAAUAAGGAUGAGUGAUUUACCUAAAAAAGCAUUACGUGAAGAAAGAGAGAUUGUUAAACUACUUUGGCAAGACCACCAAACAUGCAAAAAAACUAAAGUUAUGGGCAUGACUGAUAAAAAUUAUCUUUUGAACAUACGGCUUGACUCUGAUGGGAACAUACGUGACGAUUCAACUAAAAUGUUUUAUCAAUCAGUACUCGAUAAAAAAAAAGAACUUGCUCAAACUAAAAAAAAUAUUAAAAGAUCAUCAAAAGAACACUCAAAACUUAUUGAGACAAAAAUACUCAAAAGAAAAAAAAAAAAAACAGAGUGGAAUAACAGGAAAGAAAAUGAUAAGGCUAACUCUAAUGAAGAAAAAUGUCAAGAAACAGUUAUAUCGACAUAUUGCAAUGAAUCUGAUAUUAAUCAUUGUCCUUUGAAUUUAUCAAAAAAUGAAACUAAAAAGCAAUCGGAUUACAACCAAAAAAUUUCACAAUCAAAUGCAACUGAAAUACAGAGUGUUCCUGGAUGUUCUAAGUUGAGUCAACCAAGCUCAAAUGAAAAUACCCCGUAUGCUCAAUGUGGAUCACCAAUUGCUACAAAUAACUCAAAUUACGUGGCAAAUCAUCCAAAUUGUCCUGACAGUGAUUUAUUUAAUCCUAUACAAUAUCUACCUGAUGCGGAAAGUUUUGAUAGUAGACCUGUAGCAACACCGGUACUAUCAGGAGUAGAGAUGUCGAUUAUUGACGACUCACAGUACUCUGUUUUGAGUGAUCUAGAAGAUCCCAAAGACUAUUCUAUAUGCGAGUAUGACACCAUUGAGACGGUUCGUAAUGUAAGCGAGGUUGAAACAAAUCAACCAAUGGAGCAAAGUCACCAACUAGAACAAAAUUUCCAGGAGGAAGCAACACACAAAACUGAAAAUUACUCUGGAGCAUUACACACUUAUUUUCAGUUUGAAGUUACUGAUCAAAAUGUAAAGUUCCUAAAGGUGUGUGAAGCUGGAUUAAAGAAUGCUUUGGAAGCACAAGAAAAAAAUCUCCCUACAUUACUCAGUGCAGCUUAUCAAAUGUCACAAGAUUAUACAAAACAGGAUGAAAACAAGAGAGAAAUUAUCCCAGGGAGUGUAAUCUUUUUUCCAAUCAUUCGAGUUGAAGAAAUUGAAAAAAUAACUGAACUUGAGCCUGGAUAUUCAGAAUGGCAAGAACUUGUGAAACUUGCUUUAUUAGAAGUAUAUGGAAAUAGUAUUUGUCGAUAUUCAGCAAAAGGACGGGAAAAAGAUGUUAAACCAGCAAUUGAUCAGAAACGUGGGCCAGAAGCAGAUCAAAAAUUGAAAUCACAGAUGCGAGUUAUAAUAACAUCUGUGACUGAGUGUAAUAAAGAAAAUAAUUUAAAUGAUCCUGAUAAAAUUACGGCAGAAAAUCUAAGAUUCUUUCAAAAACUCAUCAAUAUUGCUGAGAAAGCAAACAAGUUACAUGAAAACUCAAAAUUACCAUUACGAGAGAUUAAUAAGCUUCCAGACGAGUAUAGCGAACCACCAAGUGAAGAAUACAUCAAAAUUCAUCAGAGUCAUAAGGUAUAUUUGCCUAAAUCAACUAUUGCAUGCAUUGUACGAACAGCCCAAGUAUCAGCAACUAAGUAUGACUGGAAAUGCUUAGUUAAAGAAAUACUUCUUGAAGUAUACAUCAAAAAUAUUGCUCAGUUAUCUGUAAAGGGGAAAAAAGGCACAACAAAACCUGCUAUGAAUUGUGAAUUGUUAGCUGCAGCGCAUGAUUGGGCUAAAGAUAUUUCAAGAGAACAGAUUUCGGACCAAGACUUUAACAAAUAUAUAAGCAAAAUUAUUUCAAAUAAAAGCAGACCACCGGUUUGUAAACUGAAAAUUCCUGAAAAGUCAACAGAGACUUCAUCAUCAACCAACAACAAAUAA